AUGGCUUCUCUAGCACUUUGCUUUAUGUUCACCCUGCUGGGUCGAGCAUUCUCCCUCCAGGCGCAUAGCAGCCCUCCCAAGACGACUUCCUUAGCAGGUGCUGAACAAGGCCCUUUGCCAACAGAACCACCGUUGCUGGAAAAGAGAGAAGACUUCCAAUAUGUCCCGCCAAAUAUCUGCGGCUGGUACUCAGGCUCAGGCUAUGACACCAGAUGGUCUUAUUACAACCCCCAGAUAACCUGCUUCUGGAAUAGCGACUACAAGAUCCUUGGUAGUCCGGAAGAUCAGGAUCCUGUUAUAACCACCUGUUUUGAGGACGGAAGCCCAGGCAGUUCAGCUCUUCGAUGUUCAUCCGACUCCCCAUCCCCAUACUGCCUGACCGUCAAAUACGAACCAGACUACUACGGAUGGUUCUGCACCGAUACCCCGGAUAUGACAUGGACCAUGGAGCCAACAUGGAGCGGGAUGCAGAGUCCGAUCUUGUUCCCUAUAUACACCGGCGCGAAGGGGAUUUCAACAGGGACACAGUAUCCACCUGGAUACCCCAGUGUGACUGACACGUCUGAGGAAUCCUCUUCGACAACAGAUACGUCGACAUCCGAGCCGUCGGAUACAGAUACUGAUGCUGAUACAGCCUCCACUUCGUCCUCCUCUUCCUCGUCGUCAGUACCAGUCGGGGCCAUUGUAGGCGGCGUCGUCGGUGGUCUUGCUGCAAUAGGUAUCUUUGCAUUUGCGGUGAUAUACCUCAUUAUCCACUCGCGUCGGAAGAAAGCUACUACCGGACAGAAUCAGCACCAGGGACCUGAACCGCCAGAAACCCAAAAGCAGACUCCGCCGGGAUAUGCAGGUCAACCAGAGAUUUAUUCACCUGCAGAAGUUUCUGGGCAGGGAGCUGCUCUACCAACAAACCAGCCCGAGCUCCCGUAUAAUCCAAGUCCGUAUAUCAACCAAGGUUACCCUGGGACUACUGCGCCGCCUCAGGGACCGUGGGCUGGGGAUGGAAGGAAUUUCGAGAUUGAUUCACGGCAGGUGGGCGAAUUGGAUGGGGCGAACUAUGUUCGACGGUCGUCUGCACGAUAAAUGAUUAUCUGAAUUGAAUGAUAUUCUUGAACUUCAAUUAAAGCAAACACAAGACAAC